AUGGUCAAUUCAAUUCCUUCUGCUUACAAUGGUGCCAGGCCCAGCUUGAGAAAAUCGAGUUCAGAGUUCCUCUCCACACUCUGGAUAGAAACCAAUCAACCACUUAUGUGGACCGCUCUCACUCUGAAGUCAGAUUCCCACAUAGACAUACUCAACUCCAUCAAGGCUACAAUGGAUGUCUCAAAGACAUAUCAGCACUUGGGCUGGCGUUUGUCUACUGCUCGCCACAUGGACUCACCUCAUCGGCUUUUAACAACGCAUGACAUUGAUAGCGCUUUCAAAGCUGCAAGGACAGAACAGGGAUCUGGCAGAAAAAUAAAGAAAGUUGCCAUUGAAAUUGUCAAUACUGUAUACAAAGGAGCUAGAAACAGUCACAAGCAAGUUGUGCCUGCCCUGACCAUCCGAAGCUCGGAGAGGACACAUUCUGCUGGGUCGAUGCAUCCCAGCCCGACUGCUCCACACUAUCCGUUGUGCACCCAGGACCUACAGGAGUGGGCUAAAUAUUUGCACGAAACUGGAGAUCCAGACUUUGUCAUUUUACCCAGGACAUCUCCGAAUCAUUUCAAUGAAAUUCAAAAGACACAGAACAAGGAAAGGGCCAUACGGCUCCCCAACCGCUCAAGAGGACUUUUGCGCUCUAUAUGGGAGAGUGAUGAAGAGUCCGACGACGACGAACCUCUGCAAUGUAUUGAGGAUGUCCUUAGGACCGUCCAUUCUCGCUACCCUGCGAUGAACUUUCCCCAAUAUGCCGAUAAACUGAAGGACCACGGCAUUUUUUAUUUGCCCACCACAGCUCAUUUCAGUGUUAGAUUCUAUGAAGAGAAAGUUGGGAUGUUGGAGGGCUCUGCAUAUACCUUUCAAAGCUGUAUUUCUAAAUCUCACACAAAGGUGGAACUUGCAAAGGAGAGAAGGCAGGCUAAAGGGAAGAAGAAAGCACAGGCCCGUGGUAACAGGGAUGAAGAAAACAUCCCCCCUAGCCUACAUAAUCUAGGAAGGACUAAUCCCCAGCUCGAAGACAACUGGAAAUGA